AUGUGCCAUCAAAUUGCACUGGGAAUGGCCUAUUUGGCCGAGCAGAAAUUUGUCCAUCGAGACCUUGCAGCCAGAAACUGCAUGCUGGACUCGGGAGGGGGUAUCAGGGUGGGGGACUUUGGUCUGGCUGAGGACGUCUAUGCUAGCGGCUACUUCAGACAAAACAACAGAGCUAAUGCGAAGGUCCCCUACAAAUGGAUGGCUUUGGAAAGUCUCAACGAUGUCAUCUUCACAGAGAAAACUGAUGUGUGGUCGUAUGGUGUGACUGUGUGGGAGAUAUUCAAUAGAGGACGGACCCCCUACCCUGCCGUAGACCCACUGUCCCUCAUCCAGCUGCUGGAGGAGGGGAGGAGACUAGAGAGAUCUCUAAACGCAGCCUGUGCCACCGAGAUUUCUGUUGUGAUGCGUAAGUGUUGGAGGGAGGACCCAGAGGAGAGGCCAACCUUCUCACAACUGUCCUCCAUUGUGGAGAGGCUACUGACAGCCAUCGCUGACUAUACUGAGCUCGGUAUGGUGCUAGUAGACACUAGUCAAGAGGAGGAGCAGCUCAUCCCUCAUCACUAUGGCAACCUUCCGUUAGCUGACCCUCUAACAAUUGAGAAUAGUGCCUACUGCCUCGAGGAGGACAGUCAAGAGAAAGAAAAGCUCAAUAAUGUGCCCACGCUGACACCCACUGAUGAAGUACCUCAUCACUAUGAUGACCUUCCAUCAGUAACUGAGAACAGUGUCGUAGGAAAGAAUUGACUACCAUAACAACAGACAAUUAAAUUGAAUGCUUUUACUAUGUGUUAAAGGUCGAAUGGUUGUCCUAUUCACUGUGCAAAUUAAAUAAGUAUCAUGUAUAUCUAUCAUACUAAUUAUG